CAGUCAAUUGAAAGCUGUCGCAUCGGGCUAACCAUCGGGAAACCAGUGUAGAACAAGUGUAAGGAUCUGUCCAACAUAAGAAAUCUUAUCAAUUGUUUGAUAUCAAAAGUGCGAGUCACAAUCUAAUAGAAGUGAAUGCGUCAAUUCGUCGCGAUAAUCGAAAGAACGCAUGAGUGUUUGUAAAGUGCCGUUUGGAAAAUAUAACCCAUAACUGUUGGGAUCAUCCGAUGUUCUAAGUGCUGACUAGCAUUAUCCAAUGACAUUCGAGGAGUUCUGUGGAGGUCCUUUUUGGGACGAUAACCUAACCUGGCGACCGGAGGAUGCCGAUCUGACAUUCUGCUUUCAGCGAAUAAUUCUUCAGUGGGUGCCAUGUUUUUUCCUGUACGUCUUCACCGUGUACGAAGCGUACCGAAUAGCGAGCAGCCGUUAUCGCGAUAUUCCCUGGAAUUGGUUAAACAUUUCCAAAAUGCUCAUUUCCUUCCUGCUGAUGGUUCUAUCGUGGAUAGAUCUCGGAAUGGUGGUCAACUACCACAAUCAGGCGGAUGUGUUUGACGUACAGAUCUUGGUUGCCAUCUUCAAUGCCGUUGCCUAUAUAGUUACCAUUGUGCUGUACUUCUUCUUCCGUAAAUACGGUAUUCAAAGUUCCGGAACGAUCUUCAUCUUCUGGUUCCUGAAGGCCUUCUUCGGAAUUAUUCAGAUGAGAACCGAGGCAUUGCUACAUGCGGAACGUGAUUCACCGAUCGGUUCCACCGGCGGCGUUAUCUUCGCCGAAUAUCAAUUUGUCAGUUACACUCUGCAAUACUCAUUGAUUUGUUUGAUUUUACUGCUGGAAGUCCUACCGGACCGAGCCCCGCGCUACAGUGACUAUCCGAAGAUGAAAAACCCCAGUCCCGAAUUGAGGUCUAGCUUUUUCGUGAAGCUACUGUUUCUCUACUUCGAUUCCUUCACUUGGCGUGGAUUCCGGAAGCCUCUCACCGAUGACGAUAUGUACGACCUGAAUCCGGAGGACACCUCCCGGGAGGUUGUUCCACCGUUCGACAAGUACUGGAACGAAAGUGUCGAGAAGGAAAGACGCAAACAAAUGGCUCAGGAUAAAAAGACCGGGAAGGUGAAUCUUACGUACAAACCGCACGGUGCAACCAACGGAUCUACGCUACCGGCAAUGGUGAAGGCUUACGGUGGACCAUUUUGGUUUGCCGGGUUACUUCAGCUGGCAAUUUCCGGGUUGCAGUUUGCUUCACCCUAUCUGAUGCAGGAACUGAUGGCUAACAUCGCAAUGCAAGGACCGUUCUGGAUUGGAAUGAUCAUCACGUUCGGUCUUUUUGCCACGUCACUGUUGAUUGCACUGUUCAAUGGACAGUACUUCCGAAAGACAUUCCUGGUGGGAUUCCGAAUUCGUACCGGCCUGAUCAGUGCCAUCUACAGGAAAGCACUGCGAAUGUCCAGUUCGGCUAAGAAGGAUACAACGGUGGGGGAAAUUGUCAAUCUGAUGUCAGUUGACGCGCAACGAUUCUUCGAAUUGACAUCGUAUCUACAUGUACUGUGGUCAGCUCCGUUGAUUAUCGGUCUCUGUAUCUAUCUGCUGUACGAAAUUUUGGGACCAGCGGUGUUUGCCGGAUUAGGUGUUAUGGUCAUUAUGAUCCCCUUGACCGGAUACAUUGCCGCCAAAUUGCGAGACCUGCAGGUCGAACAGAUGCGCAUCAAAGACGAACGUGUAAAGAGAAUGAACGAAAUUCUCAGUGGCAUAAAAGUGCUGAAACUGUACGCCUGGGAACCGAGCUUCCAGAAGGAUAUCGUCAGCGUUCGAUCGGACGAAAUUAGCGUACUUCGAGGCAUGGCCUACUACGGUGCAGCAACGUUUUUCGUCUGGAGCAUGGCGCCUUUCCUCGUGACGUUGGCGUCGUUUGCGGUUUACGUUAUGGUUGACGAGAACAAUGUCCUGGAUCCAUCGACUGCAUUCGUGUCGCUUGCAUUGUUCAACAUUCUACGGUUUCCGUUGGCCAUGUUCCCGAUGAUGAUCACCUUCGCGAUGCAGGCUUGGGUGUCGGUCAAGCGAAUCAAUAAGUUCAUGAACAGCGAAGAGUUGGAUCCGAACAAUGUGACGCACAACCGAAGUGAAAAUGCACUGGAAAUCCGGGAUGGUACCUUCUCCUGGGGUGAUGACGUCCCAACGCUGAAGAACAUUAAUUUGACAAUGCGAAAGGGACAACUGUCGGCAGUGGUAGGCGCAGUGGGAACCGGAAAGAGUACGUUGAUUUCCGCCUUGCUCGGUGAGUUGGAGAAGAUCAAAGGAACGGUCAACACGGACGGACAGAUCGCUUUUGUACCGCAGCAGGCGUGGAUUCAGAAUUCGACACUACGGGAAAAUAUUCUGUUCGGUAGACAAUUUGACGAACGGAAGUACAAUCGUGUGCUGGAAUGUUGUGCCCUGAAGCCGGACUUGGAAAUGCUUCCGGGAGGAGACUCGACCGAAAUCGGCGAGAAAGGUAUCAACCUCUCGGGAGGACAGAAGCAACGUGUUUCCUUGGCCAGAGCCGUUUACGCCGAUGCUGACAUCUAUCUGUUCGAUGAUCCACUCAGUGCAGUCGAUGCUCACGUUGGAAAGCAUAUUUUCGAGAAGGUGGUUGGUCCCGACGGUAUGUUGGUGGGCAGGACACGGCUUCUGGUAACGCACGGAAUUUCCUUUCUUCCCUUCGUGGAAGACAUUUUCGUGAUGAACGAUGGAGAGAUCACGGAACAUGGUUCGUAUCAACAGCUGCUGGAUCAGAGAGGAGCAUUCUCCGAGUUUCUCAAUCAACACCUACAGGAACUGGACGAGGAAGACGAAGAGCUGCAAAUCAUUCAGGAAACUCUGAAGGACGAAACUUCUCGGAACCUGGUACAGCGGGCCAUGUCCGUCCGAUCGAACAAAUCCAAUGGCAGCGGCGGAAGCAAAAGGAAAAAGAAGGUUAGCCGACAGGAAUCUCGAAACAGUAACAAACCACUGGAAGUGGUCCAGGCGCAGGGAACUACCCUCAUCGAAAAAGAAGAAUCGGCUACCGGUGCCGUUAGCUAUGCCGUUUACAUAAAAUACUUCAAGGCGAUCGGCUGGAAUCUUGGUUUCUGGUCCAUUUUCUUCAGUGUGCUCAAUCAAGCUUCGUCCAUCUACGGAAGCUUUUGGCUGACGGAUUGGUCCGAAGACAAGGAGGCUGCAACCGAUACGGCCGUUCGUGACAUGUAUCUUGGUGUGUACGGAGGUUUAGGUGGACUACAGUCGAUUGCUUUGCUUGUCGCGUCCAUCACACUUGCCCUCGGGUGUCUGAAAGCGGCCAAUACUAUGCACAACAACCUGCUGGAGAGCACACUGAAGAUGCCGAUGUCUUUCUUCGAUACAACUCCACUUGGUAGAAUCAUGAAUCGCUUCUCCAAAGAUGUUGACGUAGCGGACAACACUCUACCGCAGUCUAUCCGGAUGUGGCUGUUGAUGUUCUUCGCUGUGAUUGGUGUGUUUAUUGUGAUUGCCAUAUCCACUCCGAUAUUCCUGGCGAUUGUUCCGGUGUUCCUCGUCAUUUACUAUGCCAUUCAAAAACUAUACAUCGCCACUUCUCGGCAACUGAAGCGGUUGGAAUCGGUUACCAGAAGUCCAAUCUAUUCACAUUUCGGUGAAAGCAUCACCGGACAGUCAACCAUUCGUGCGUACGGAGUUCAGGAACGUUUCACCCAACAAUCGGAAACACGGGUGGACUACAAUCAGGUGAUGUCCUACCCCAGUAUCAUAGCGAACCGGUGGUUAGCACUUCGGUUGGAAAUAGUCGGAGCGUUGGUUGUGUUCUUUGCUGCCCUGUUUGCAAUGCUGGCCAGGGAUACGAUUGGGGCAGCCACGGUUGGACUUUCGGUAACCUAUGCACUACAGAUUUCCACCGUUUUGAGUUUCCUUGUACGGAUGACUGCCGAAGUGGAGACCAAUAUUGUCGCUGUCGAGCGGUUGGAAGAGUACACGGUGCUACCAAGGGAAGCCCCCUGGCAGAAGGGCCAAGUUGACAAAGCGUGGCCUACGGAAGGUAAAGUGAACUUUUCCGAUUUCCAAAUUCGCUACCGGGAUGGGUUGGAUCUGGUCAUCAAAGGCAUUUCAUUGAACGUCAAGGGAGGAGAAAAGAUCGGCAUCGUGGGCAGAACGGGAGCCGGCAAGUCGAGCCUAACACUGGGACUCUUUCGUAUCGUGGAAGCGGCCGGUGGCCACAUUGUGAUUGAUGGUUUGGACAUUUCGCAGAUGGGACUCCAUCAAUUGCGCAGUCGAUUAACGAUCAUUCCGCAGGAUCCGGUGCUGUUCUCCGGCACUCUUCGUAUGAACGUUGAUCCAUUCCGGACGUAUUCCGAUGAUCAAGUGUGGAAAGCGUUGGAGUUGGCACAUUUGAAAGUGUUUGUCAAAGGACUUGAUGCUGGAUUGGAUCACGACAUUGCCGAAAACGGUGAAAAUCUUUCCGUUGGCCAAAGACAACUCAUUUGCCUGGCGAGAGCCAUUCUGAGAAAGACAAAAGUUCUCAUACUGGAUGAAGCAACUGCUGCCGUGGAUUUGGAAACGGAUGAUCUGAUUCAGAAAACCAUCCGAACGGAAUUCAGUGACUGCACCAUCCUAACCAUUGCCCAUAGGUUGAACACGAUAUUGGAUUCGGAUCGGGUGUUGGUUUUGGACAAGGGACUCGUUGCCGAAUGUGACACUCCACAUGCGCUACUCACUGACAAGAACACCAUCUUCUACGGAAUGGCCAAAAAUGCAGGGAUUGUAAGCUAGUAGCCCAAAAACGAAGUCACGGCGAUACGAGGAAUCUCAAUAACAGCGACUGAGUCGCUUGCAGUUUUGUGAUUUCGAUUCGAGAAUGAAUGACAUACCAGCACUGAUCCAAUACAAGCGCACUACAUUGUGUUGCACAACUGCCAAUAGCACACUGGAUACUCGUUUCAUAUAACUUGAUAGAAAGUUAUCACAACAAUAAUGUAAAUAAAGUAUUUAUAAUCAAUAAAAAGUAAGAAAACUGAAAUCCACAUUGUAUCAAACAUAACAGUUCGGCUGAAAAGUUCGUAUCGUUUAAUAGAAACACACAUUUUUUUGCCAAAAUUCGUUUUUAUUAUUCAAC